CUUGUCUCGAGCUGGCAUAACAUCAUGUUUGAAUUAAAUAUCCUUUCGCCAGCACCUCACACUACCGAACGUUUGUCAACUGUGAAUGCAUCAUGACGAUGAAGCUUCCGCAGCGGACUGAUCUGCACUACUCACUGGGCAACUGCCACGCAACUUAUCCCGGCUGUUUCCUUUAACUUGCCUACUAGUCCUAGUUCUGGAAUCCUAAUUGCUGUAUCGUGACGGUGCCACACCUUGAAGCUCUCGAUAACUCCUGGUUGAGGCCUAGGGUCCGCUGGCCCCGAUUUGACAGGUGUAGUAACAUUGCAAAAGUAGUCACUGCUCUUGUCCCUAAACAUGCAGCUUUCUGUGCUCUUUAGCGCGCUCAUAUCUUUCGUCAUUCUCGCUGCAGCGGCACCCACGCCAAGAGCCAUCUCGAUUGAGGAACUUUCCUCUAAACGAAAGGAACUUGACACGAACUCUCAACGUGAUCUCCUAGAAGAAGGUAGGAAACCCGACCAACUUGAGACCAACUCUGUGACUUAUAUUUCGUACGUUACACUCGAUGGCCUUGUUAUUCCUGAAGACAAGAAGCGCGAGGAGUUGGGGACCAACAACGCCUCUUAUUCUCCACGCGAGGAGUUGGGGACCAACAACGCCUCCUAUUCUCCACGCGAGGAGUUGGGGACCAACAACGCCUCCUAUUCUCCACGCGAGGAGUUGGGGACCAACAACGCCUCCUAUUCUCCACGCGAGGAGUUGGGGACCAACAAUGCCUCCUAUUCUCCACGCGAGGAGCUCGCGUCGGCCAUUGAUUAAGUCGGCUAGGACAACAGACUAGUACUACAUAACAGAAACAGACGGGCGGGAGAAAAGGAAUACACCGAUAAUUUUUUUUUUUUUUCUUUUUUCCUCGUUUAUUGUCCUGUGGGGCGGA